UUGAAAACACUGAAAAACAAUACAGAAUUGAUGUGAUUUUGUAAUCUUUUUCAGACAAACAGAAUGCUGUGUUUGAGCACCAGGAUUACAAAUUCAAUUCCGAAAAGUUUAUGCAUAUAGUGAAUCUUUUUUUAAAGAAGACUAUUUCUCGUCAAUGUGAAAGUGCGCGUUUGUAAAUAAGUAAAACACCGACAAGAGUUUAAACGACCAUGCACGAUGUUGGAAGGUCUGGUGGCAUGGGUACUGAACAACUACCUGGGGAAAUAUGUGGAGAACCUCAACACGGAUCAGCUCAGCGUUGCAUUGUUAUCGGGCAAAGUAGAGCUAGAAAACCUACCACUGAAGAAAGAUGCACUACGCCAUUUGGGUCUUCCCAUUGAAGUGAAGGCAGGGUUCAUCGGCAAGGUGCAGCUGCAGGUGCCAGUUCGGCAGAUACGCUCUGCACCAUGGCUUAUAGCCAUAGAGAAGCUCUACCUAGUGGCAGCUCCUGUCAAUCUAGAUGAGUGGGACAGCGAAGUGGAGGCGUCCUUCGCGCACGAGCGCAAGGUGGCGCUUCUGGAUGCGCUGGAGGCUCAGUGGCGCGCGGAGCACGAGGCGAGCGACGCGGGCUACUAUGCCGCCUCCUACUCGUCGUGGCUGAGCUACGGCACGGGCCUGCUCGCGAGCAUCGUGGAAAACUUGCAGCUGAAACUCAACGACGUGCACAUCCGCUACGAGGACGCGCUGACGUGCCCCGGGCGCGCGUUCGCGUGCGGGCUGGCCGUGGAGGCGCUGGGCGCGGAGUCGUGCGACGCGAGCUGGCUGCGCGGCGCGGCGUCGCCCGACGGCCCGUGCUCCUUCAAGCUGCUGGAGCUGCACAACUUGGCCGUGUACUGGGACCCCAUGCCCGCGCCCGCCGGCAUGCUGGCGGCCUGCACGCUCGCCGAGCUGGCCGAGCGCAUGCGCGGCGCGUGGGCCGGCGCGCACCGCUUCGUGCUGGCGCCCAGCACGGCCAGCGCGCGCGUGCGGCGCGAGCGCUGCGAGCAGCCGCUGCGGGAGCGCGCGCGCCCGCGCCUCGCCUGCCACCUCACGCUGGACCGCGUGCUGCUGCGCCUGUCCGACAGCCAGUACAGCGAGAUGCUGGGCUGCGCGCGCGGCCUGGAGCGCGUGGCGCGCCUGCGCGAGGUGCGCGCGCUGCGCCCCGGCGCGCCGCUGCGCGGGCACGCGCGCGCCUGGUGGCGCUACGCCGCGGCCGCGCACCUGCCGCACCACACGUGGAUGGACCCAAAACCAAGCUGGGAGGAAUGCGUAGAAGCAGCAAAGCUGACGCGUCAGUACGUAGACAUUUGCCUACAGACAUUGUGUCAGCCGGCCGCAACGUUGCCUCCUGAUCGUAAGGCCGCUAAGGACGACUUUGAGUGGAAACAACCUUUCCACGUACUCAAGCCUUUACGAGAGGUUGCGAUACGCAAAGUGCCAAUUUCGACACCGGUGUCGACGCCGGAACAGGCUAGCUCAGGGCGUAGCGUACUGGUGCGCUGGUUCCCACAAUGGUGGGGCUGGUACGCAGAACCACCACCGACCGCGCCGCAACCCACCACCACAACCACUCCUAUGUCAACUCCGAAUUCCACCACUUCGGGUCUAGAAGACGAAAUAUUAGAUGUGAUAGCUGAUUCCCUCGAUGACAAUACAAUGCUGAGAAGAGAUGCUGUUUUUGGACUCUUUGAAUUUACGCUGGAAAGAGGUUCCCUGGAUCUGUGCACGGAGACUGAAGAACACAGUAGCGCGGCGGCCGGGGAGGCGGAGGGGCUGGAGCUGCAGUUCUCGGCGGUGCGCGUGCGGCUGGAGGCGCGGCCGCGCGCGGGCGCGCACGCGCUCAGCGUGUCGCUGGGCGCCGUGUGCCUGCGCGACCGCGUGACGCCGCGCUCGCUGUUCCCCGUGCUGGCGGCGCCGCAGGGCCUCAUCCGCGACGGGCUGGGCGCCGCCGGCGCGCCCGCCAGCGCGGCGGCGUGGUGGCGCGCGGCCGCCGCCGCCGAGCCGCUGUUCCAGCUGGCCUACGAGAAGCGGCCCGCCGGCCUCAGCUGCGACUACAAGCUGCGCGUGAAGUCCAGCGCGCUGGAGGUGGUGUGGUGCCCGCGCGCGGCGCAGUGGGCGCGGCGCUGGGCGGCGGCGGGCGCGCGCGCGCUGGCCUCCGUGCGCCAGCACACGCGCGCCACGCUGCACCACCACUGGGACCGCCUGCUGCGCCACGCGCACGCGCGCCGCCCGAAUGAGCGGCGAUCAUGGCAGAUUGAAAUGGACAUAUCGGCGCCGCAAAUCCUCUUCGUUGAGGAUCUAUGUGACCGAGACGCGUCUGUGUUGGUCGUGGACUUUGGUCGCCUCCGAUUAGCGAACGCGAAUUUACCGGAAGAAGAAGAUGUUACUGUUAAAUCGCAAUCGGUUGACGAAGAUGAAGAAAUGUUCAUGACACCAUGUUCGACGCCUCCGGGCAGUUUACUGUCUCCACUGUCCCCAUCUUCUCCACCGCCGCAGUCGCGACGAGAGCUAGAUGCCGCGCGUCUGCACACGAGCCUGUAUGACAGGUACAAGAUCGAGCUAAGCGACUUGCAGAUUCUAGUGGGGCGCGUUCGUGACAACUGGAAGUAUGCUCAUACGAAGGCAACUUCCGCGCUGCAUUUGCUUGACCGCUUCAGCAUAUCGCUGCAGGCCGAGCGGCGCGUGGUGCAGACCGCGGACCCCAUGUACCCGCGCGCGGCGCUGUGCGGCUCGCUGCCCGCGCUCGUGGUGCACCUCAGCGAGCACAAGCUGGCCGCCGUGCGGGCCGUGGCGGCGCGCGUCGGCCUGCCCGCGGCGCCGCCGGAACCGUCACCGAAUCAGGAGGGGCUGAAGGAAGAAGAAGAGGAGGAAAGCAACGACAAUACCGAAACAGAAUUCUCCGAUUUCUCCAUCAAUCAGAAUGCGACACUUCUUAUGCUUCAAUUUGCUAUCGAUCAAAUGUCUCUAGAGGUGCAGUCCCGCGGACGCAGCAUCGCCGAGGUGCAGGUGUGCGGCGUGCGCGCGGCGCUGUGCGUGCGCGCGGCCGACACGUCGCUGGCGCUGUCCGUGCACUCGCUGCUGCUGGUGGACGCGCUGCAGACCUACGGGCCCGACUUCGAGCUGCUGGUCGCCAGCCACAAGCAUGUCGGGAUGGACACGGCAUCGGGGAGUAUCCGCGGCUCGGAGCCCACGUCGCCGACGUCGCCCGCGUCGCCCGACGCGCGUGCCGCUCCGCCGCCGCCCACGCCGCGGGCGCUACGCCACGCGCUCUACGGCCUGCACCAAGCCAGCACUCUCAGCGCCCACUCUAAUGCAGAUCCGGGCCGUACGAGUCCUGCACCAAGCUGGAUGACUGGGGCCAGUUGGAAUGCUUUCGGGAAUUCCGGAUCCAAUUGGGGGACGAGCGGUCCAUGGGGAGCUGAUAGUGUCCCAUGGGGAGUCGAAGGGGACAUCUGGACGAACGUCAACGGACGAGGUGCCCCGGGGCUGGUGGACUCCGAAGCUCUAAUCGCAGUGGAGCUCUGCCUCGUGAAGGGGGAAGGCGAUUCAGAAGACUUGCGGAUAGCCAAUAUAUUGUUCAAUAAUUUAGACGUGAUAGCCAAUCAGGAGACCAUAGUGGAGCUGAUCGGGUUCGCGCACCGCGUGGCGGGCGGGCCGCUGCGGCGCGCCGCCCCGCCGCCCGCCGCGCCCGCCGCCAGCCUCGGCGCCAGCCUGCUGUCCGUGCCGCCGUCGGACGAGGCCGACAAGCGCGUGCGCACGGAGAUCACGUUCGACUUCCACCGGCUGGGCAUUCUGCUGCUGCGGGCGGGCGUGCGCGGCGGCACUGUGGUCGCCAACAAGAUCGCUACGGCCACCGUCAGCGACGCGCACAUACAAGCCACGCUGGAUGGAGAGCGCAUCUCGGUGGGCGGCUCGCUGGGUGGCGUGCAGGUGGUGUCGCUGUCGCAGAGCGCGGGCGCGCACUCGCGCGUGCUGGCGGCGGGCCGCGCGCCGGCCGCGCACGCGCACGACGCGGACGACAAGGCGCUGCUGUUCUCCGUGUCGCGCACCGCGCGCCCGCCCAGCGCGACCGACCAAUCCCCGGGCGCGCUGGACGUGCAGGCGUCGCUGCGCGUGGCCAGCGUGUGGUACACGCACUCGGGCGCGCUGCUGCGGGAGCUGCAGUCGUGCGUGGCGGAGUUCCAGCAGUACCUCGCCAACCUGGCGCGCUCCAUCCGCGCCGCCGCCGCCGACAUGGCCAUCGGCCUGGUGCAGCCCAGGGGCGAAAGUCUUUAUUCAAAUCCAAGAAUCUCCCAGUCGAUGGAAGGAGUGUCACCACGUCGCCGCACUGCUAGCGUGGGAUGCUCGCUGGACGAGCCAGAUCUGGAUUCGCGACAGAUAAUUCUCAGCGUGAGCGUGGAGCUGGAGUCGCCGGUGGUGGUGCUGCCGCGCGCGGCGCGCAGCGCGCAGGUGUUCGUGGCGCACCUGGGCCGCAUGAGCCUGGCCAACCAGCCGGCCGACCCGUGGCGUAGCGUGUACCGCGUGCGCGUGCGCGACAUCUCGCUCGUGUCGCUGGACGUGGGCGGCGGGCGGCAGGCGGCGGGCGCGGCGGGCAGCAUGGCGGACUUGUACGACGUGGCGCGCGGCCGGCCCGUGCUGCACGACUCGGCGCUGCAGCUGUCCGUGGCGUUCGACGAGCUGGAAGACGGCCCGCAGUGCACGGUGGACGGCCGCGUGGUGGGCGGCCUGCACGUCACGGCCAGCCGCGAGCAGUACGAGCAGCUGCUGGACACGCUGCACUGGCUCGCCGACCCCGCGCCCGCCGACGCGCCCGCCGACGCGCCCGCCGACGCGCCCGACGGCGCCGCGCCCGCCGCCGCGCCGCGCACGCCAGAGGCCCAGUUUGAACCCGAUGUGGUCCGGCAGCCGGUGUCGGUGGUGGAGCCCGCGGUGCCGGUGCUGCGCCUGGACCCCGCGCUGCGGGCGGCGGUGCUGGCCGUGCCGCCCCCCGCGCCGGCCGCGCCGCCCGCGCGCUCUCACACGCCGCUAAUCGUGACCUUCGAGCUGGCCAACUGCACGGUGGAGCUCCGCGCGGACGUGGGCGCGGGCGAGCGCAGCCUCGUGGCGCUCACCUUCCGCGAGUUCUCGCUGCGCCGCGACCGGCUGCGCGCGCACGAGUCCACCCUGCAGGUAUCACUUCACUCCAUAACAAUGGAAGACUUGACGAAGGAGCCGGACUCGAAGCAUCGAAUGCUGAUGGUGUCGCACACGCCGCCAAUGCCGCCCAAAGCCGUGUUCGUGUCCAAGUCCUGCCCGGACUUCGUGACAGAGUUCCCCGACGACGCCUCCACUGCAAGCUCGUUGCACUACAUGAGGCCCCUGUCGACCUCGUUGCCAACACAACUCAACGUUGUGGAACGAAUUUCAGACAGAGAAUACAAAAGAAGCGUAGACGAGAAAUCUGAAUCUAACUGUCCAACACCGCCUUGUUCCCCGGAGCGAGGGCCCGAGCUGGAUAACUUAGUGUGGGUGUCCGUGCACACGCGGGAUCCAACACAUCCUCAUUUCAAUGACCAGUACAAGAAGAUCUCAAAAGUGACGAAGGUAGAGUUCAAUUGCCUGAAGCUGGUGUUAAGCAUCGACAGCUGGGUGGCCGUGCUGGACUUCUUUGGCGUGGCGGCCGAGGAGCCCGACCAGCCUGCACCGUCUGCUAACUCGGCUGCCCCAAGUUCAUAUGCAUCAAAUGCGAGCGACGAACCAACGAGCGACUCGAGAAGUAACGUGGAGUCGGGCACAACCGAGCUGGAAAUGAACGUGCGCUCGCUCUCCGUCGUGGUGGUCGGGGCGCGCGGCGACGCGUGCCGCGCGCUCGUGUCGCGCGUGCGCGUGCGCGUCACGGACGAGGCUCCGGGCCGCGACGUGCGCGCCACGCUGGGCGCGCUCGCUCUGGCGGACCUGGCUCCGCGGGCCGUGCUGUGGCGGGAGAGGCUGCGGAUGCGAACCAAGCACGCUUUGGAUAUACACUAUCGGAGGUUGAGCCCAGCGGAGGCGCAGGCGGCCGGCCACGAGACGCACCUGUCGCUGGAGAUGGGCCCCGUGACGUACGUGCACACGCGCCGCUUCGUGUUGGAGCUGCAGGCCUUCGCGAGGGACUUCAGCCUGCUGCGCCGCGUCAUCGCGCAGGCGCGGCGGAAGGUGUCUCGCGCGGCGCGCGGCGCGGCGCGGCCGCAGCGCAUGCGGCUGAGCGUGCGCUGCUCGGCGCCCGUCAUCGUGCUGCCCGUGUCCGCCCGCAGCCGCGGCGCGCUGGCGGCCGAGCUGCAGCUGCUGCGCCUCGACAACUGCUUCCGCCGCGCCGGCCAGCCCGGCACCGUCAGCAAGCUGCUCGACGCCACCGCAGCUGAGCGAGAGUUGCUGGACGUGCGCACGGUGCGCGCGGCCGGGCUGUCGCUGUGGUGCGCGCGCGCGGCGCGCGGCUCGGGCGGCGUGCGGCUGCGGCGCUGCGGCGCGCCGCUGCUGCCCGCGCCGGUGGAGCUCACGCUGCAAGUGGAGAGAAACUGCAGCGACACGCACAACGUGCCCGAGAUGACGGUGCAUGGUCGUCUAGCAACUCUGCAAGCGUCAUUGGAUGCGGCGCAGUACCGUCUCGUGCGGGGAGUGCUGACUCACAACUUAGCCGAGCCCUGCGCGGAGUUACUCGAGCCGCCUCUCCCUAUGAUACCCCAAACGCCUCCUGCGCCUUGUCCGGUAUGGACUACUUGGUCCCUGCAGUUGGACCUUCAAGAUGUGUGCGUGGAGUUACGUGGUCCUAGAGGCGCUCCGCCGUUGGCCUGCAUUAACUUCAUCAAGUCCAGGUUGCUACUUGAGACCUACUCGGAUUUGGCACAGGAUAUCGAUCUCGUAUCGCAGGAGAUCCUCGUGAGCGACAUGCGCUAUGCAGCCGAGCCGGCCAACCGGCGCGGCAACGUGUUCAGCCACAUCGUGCAGCCCAUGCCCGACCACCGGCACAGCGUGCAGGCCGAGGUGCACGCCAGAAAACGUCCAGACUCAUCAGCGUACACGAUCCUGGUGAACAACAUGCGCCUGAUGGCGAUCCUGGACUGGUGGGAGGCUGCCAACCAGUUCAUCAUGCAGCCGCCGCCGCCGGCCGUGGACCCCGACCUGCAACAUUUAGAAGAGCUAUCGGCGGACAGUGUGGACGGCGACUGGAGCGGGAGCGGCGCCGGCAGCCCGGCGCCCGCGCCCGACGCCGGCCAGGUGGAGCUCAAGCUCAACAUCACGGACUCGCAGCUGGUGCUGGUCGAAGACGCGUCCUUGUGGGACACCAAUGCCGUUAUAUUGAAGAGCACGACGGUGAUCACGUACCGCGCGGCGGACGUGGCGCGGCCCGUGGUGUGCGAGCUCAACGAGUUGGAGGUGUUCUCGUGCGUGCUGGGCCUGGAGGAGGAGACGGCGCUGUCCAUCGUGGAGCCCGCCGCCGUGCACGCGGCGCUGCACGCCGACCACGUGCUGCACGUGGCGGUCGGCACGCUCAACUUGCGCCUGUCCUACCACGACAUGCGCAUGUUCGCGGCCAUGCUGCAGUCUCUGCCCGCUCAGGCUCGGGUCGCGCUCUCAGGCAAGGCAGACGAAAAACAAGCGGCAUCGACAGCGCCCGCAAACAGCGUGCACAUGCGGGCGAGUGCGGGCGUGGGGGCGGGCGUGGGGGCGCCGUACGGCGGCGUGGGCGCGCUGCCGCGCUGGCUGCGCGCGUCGCCCGCCGAGCCGCCGCCGCCGGACGCGCCCGCGCCCUGGGCGCUCGAGGCCGUGCAGGUGAAUGCGGAAUGCGUCACGUUGUGUGUGAUCGAUGAUUGCUUAGACUCGGAUGUCCCACUACUAGAAGUUUCUUUGGUGGAUUUACAAGUGGAACAGGAUUUGCGUAAAGUGGAGGAAUCGUUUGAGGAUCCUCUGUUGGUGUCGACGCCGGCGAGCGACGUGGCGGGCGCGGCGCCGGGCGGCGCGGGGGCGGGCCGGCUGCGCGCGCAGCUCAGCGCCGACUACUACAACCGCACUCUGUCCGGGUGGGAGCCCGUCAUAGAACCGUGGAGGUUCGAAUCGAGUUGGGAGUACACGCUGUCGAGCGGCCUGUCGCUGGGGCGCGUGCAGGUGGACGUGCGCUCGUCGGAAACGCUCGACACCAACGUGACGUCGGCCCUCGUGGACUUGGUGCGGCUCGUCCGCCACAACUGGACCUCGGACUAUUACGCGCCGCAGACGUUGACGUCGGAGCAGUCGCCGAAGGGCAGCCCGGCCGGCCACCGGCGGCGCUCGCCGUUCGUGCCCUACGCGCUGCGCAACCUGACGGGGCAGAGGCUGUGGUUCACCACGCUCACCACUGCUUCCGAUGAGCUGCGCGAGUCGGGCGGCGCGGAGGCGUGCGGGCCGGACGACUCGUGGGUGAUGGUGCGCGGCGGCGACACGGAGCCCUUCUCGUUCGGCGCCCGGCGCGCGCGCGCCCGCCACGCCGCGCCCGCGCCGCUGCUGCGCCUCGUGCUGCGCCUGGACGGCUGGGCGCCGCCCGACCCCGUGUGCGUCGACCGCGUCGGCGUGUUCUUCCGCCACAUCACGCACACGAAAACGGGUGCGGAGGCGCGCGUGGUGCUGGAGGUGUCGCUGGAGGGCUCGGCGCGCAAGCUGGUCACCGUGCGCUCGGCGCUGCAGCUGCGCAACCAGCUGCCGCACGCCGUGGAGCUGCGGCUCGACCACGCGCCCGCGCCAGGGCCGUGGAGCGGCGGCGCCCGCAGCGUGCAGGUGGGCGCGGGCGAGCGCUGGGCGGCGCCGCUGGUGGCGCGCGCGGGCGCCGUGUGGGUGCGGCCGCUGCUGCGCGCCGCCGCCGCGCCCGCGCCCGCGCUGGCGCCCGCGCCCGUGGCCUGGCGCGCCGCCGCCGCCGAGCGCGCGCUGCUGCACCACGAGUGCCGCGCGCCGCACGACCACGUGUACAGGUUUUGCUGCGUUAUAGUGAGAGAGCGAUUUCCCCCGGAUCGUGGAGAACUUUUGGCGGGACACACGCUGACGCUCGUCCCGGCGCUACGAGUCGAAAAUCUUCUACCGUUAGAACUGCAGUACCGGGCGGACCACGUGGUUGGCACGUUAGCGCCGGCCAACACGCAACCAUUCCACCAGGUAAACGUGGAAGAGGGAGUUGAACUGUGCGUAAAAUUGGAAGGUUUCGGGUGGUCCACUCCUCUGAGCGUGGGCGGUUCUACGAGCUCAGGCUCGUUUUCCGCGCGUUUGAAGUUGCGCGACCAACGCAGCAGAAGACUCUACCUCAAUGCGCGAGUCACUGUUAAGAAAACAGACGGAAUCAAGGUAUCGAUCUCGGCUGCCUACUGGAUCGUGAACCGCACGGGUCUCCCUCUCGUGCUGCGUGCGGAAGGCGGGGCAGAAGCUGCGGGACAGUUUGCGGAGCACGAGGUGGCGCGCAUGGUUGCGCCGCUGCCAUUUUCCUUUGCUGACGGAGACGGGCCUACCGUUUCGUUGCGACUUGGAUCUGGGAUUUCUACUACGACGGAGUGGUGCUCGCCCUUCGGGCUGGGCCCGGGCGUGGCCGUGAAGCGGCUGGCGGCGCGGGGCAGCGACGGCGGCGAGCGCGCCUUCGCGGUGGGCGUGGCGGCGCGCGCGGGCCGCGGCCGCUACCGCCGCACCAACAUCGUCACGCUCACGCCGCGCUACCAGCUGCACAACAACACGUCGCACUGCCUGCAGUUCGCGCAGCGAUGCACCGCCACCACGCUCAACGACCCGGGCGCGCUGGCCACGCACGUGGCGGCGGUGGCGGGCUGCUACCUGCCGUGGCACUGGGCGCGCUGGGAGCGCGAGCUGCUGCUGUGCGUGCGCGUCAUGUCGGCCGAGGCGCGCGCGCUCACCGCCUGGUCGGGCGGCUUCCGCAUCGACGCCGCCAGGAGCCUGCACGUUGCUUGCAGGGAGAGCGGAGGCUCGUACCGCAUCCUGCGCGUCGAGGUGGUGCCGCAGGGGGCCACGCUGCUGGUGGUGCUGACGGACGCCAGCGCCGGGCCGCCGCCGCUGCGCAUCGACAACUGCGCGCCGGUCGCCAUCAUGUUCCACCAGGUGGGCUGCCCGGAGGAGAGCGUGGUGGGCGCGGGCGCGCGCGCGCGCUGGGCGCUGCCGGAGCCCGAGGGCGCGGCGGCGCUGGCGCUGCGCGCGCCGGGCGGCCCGCGGCUCACGCUGGCGCUGACCUCGCUGCACGACACGCACACGCUGCUCUACCAGAACUUCAUCUACGUGGCCUUCGUGGCCACGGCCAGCGGCGCCGCCUCCCGAGAAGGCUCUCCGAUCGACACCGCGACACCCGAUUCGGACGUUCUAGUCCUUGAAGUCCCGCUUGGAUCUACGCGUGUGCAACUCGCGCGCAAGCGAUAUGGUGACAGGUCGCAGCUGUGGCGCCGCGGGCCCAGCGAGCAGCUCCUGCACGAGGGCAGCUCCCCGCCGCAGCCCACCGACGCGCUCUGCGACGACUCGGCGCUGUCGCCGCACGCGCUGGUGUUGGAUAUCGAGGAGGCGGCGCCCCGGCCCGGGCGCGCGGCCGCGCUGGUGCUGCGGCGCGCGGACCCGCGGCGCGCCUCCACGCAGGCGUGGCGCCUCGUGCGCGAGGCCCGCGGCGCCGCGCGCAUGGCCUGCGCGCACGCCAACCUCUGCGUGCAGCCCGAACACGGCCUGAUGGGACUCGCUCCGGGCGGGCGCGUGGUGCUGGGGCUGGCGGGCGCGCGGCGCGGCGCGGUGCCGGCCGAGCAGGCGGUGGCGUGGCACACGCUGCGGCCCGGCUCCGGCCGCCUGGCCGUGACGCUGUGCGCCGACGGGCCCACGCGCCUCGUGCGCAUCUGCGACCAGGCCCACCCCGACUACAGGCUGGCCGGCAGCGAGGACGAGGCGGAGGCGGGGGGCGAGGCGGCGCGCGAGUGGGGCGUGCGGCUGGGCCUGGGCGGCGUGUCCGUGUCGCUGGUGGCGCGCUGGCCGCCCGCCGAGCUGCUGUACGCGCACUUCGCGGGCGUGCGCCUGGACGCGGCGCGCGCGCCCCGCUCCGCGCACCUGGCGCUCAGCGUCGACUGCAUGCAGUGGGACAACCAGCUGGCCAGCGCGCCCAGCCCCGUGCUGCUGCACUGCGCCGCGCGCGCCGGCGCCGCGCCCGCGCUGCACGUGGCGCUGCAGCUGCAGCGCGCGCCGCCGCGCAGCCACCGCGCCGUGUACUUCAGCCACUGCGUCGUGGCGCUGCGCCCGCUCGCCGUGCGCCUCGACGAGAGGUUAAUCCUGCUGAUGUGGUCGUGGGCGGAGGGCGCCGCGGGCGCGGGCGGCGCGGACGCGGACGCCGAGGAGCCGGACGAGGCGGAGUUCGAGACGCGGCGCGUGCUGCACGAGCUCACCGCGCUGCACGCCACCAGAUACUACUUCGCGCUCAUCAAAAUCAUACCCAGCCAGAUCCGCCUGUCGAUGUUCACGGCCAGCAAGCUGGAGGGCGAGCUGGGCGCGCUGAAGCGGCGCCUGGGCCUCACCUUCAUCCGCUUCGAGGACGCGGCCGUGGAGCUGGAGCCCUUCGUGCGCGCGCACGCCUUCGACACGGCCGCCGGCCUGGCGCGCCAGCUGCUGCAGCACUUCAAAGACGAGUUGAAAUGGCAGGCGGCUAAGAUUCUGGGCUCGGUGGACUUCCUGGGGAACCCGCUGGGCUUCGUGGCAGACGUGUCGGAGGGCGUGUCGGGCCUGCUGCUAGAGGGCAACGUGGGCGCCCUACUCAAGAACGUCACCCACGGGAUUUCUAAUUCCGCUGCCAAAGUGACAGAAACGCUGGGCGACGGGCUGGAGCGCGUGGUGGGCGACGAGGCGCACGAGGAGACCCGGCGCCGCAUCCGCUCGGGCGCCGCGGGGGCGCACAUCGCCGCCGGCUUCCGCGGCCUCGGCCUCGGGAUACUGGGCGGUAUGACGUCGCUAGUGAAGCACAGCUACGAGGGCGCCGCCGCGGAGGGCGUGGCGGGCUUCUUCGCGGGCGUGGGCAAGGGGCUGGUGGGCACGGUGACCAAGCCCGUGAUCGGCGUGCUGGACCUGGCGGCGGAGACGGCGGCGGCGCUGCGCGAGACGUCGCGGCGCGCGGGCGCGGCGCCGGAGCGGGCGCGCGCGCCGCGCCUGGCCGCCGCCGCCGCCGCGCCGCUGCCGCGCUACUGCCCCGAGCUGGCGGCCGGCGCGGCGCUGCUGCUGGCGCUGCCGGCGCAGGGCGAGCGCUUCCUGGCCUACCGCACGGUGCGCGGCGCGCCGCACGACAUCCGCGCGCUGCUGUCCGACUCCUUCCUGCGCAUCGUCACGUGCAAGCACGCCGCGCCGCAGGUCGUCAUGGAGACGCACUUGAGCAACCUGGUGUCGUGUACGGCGGUGUUCUCCGACGGCGCGUGGUUCGUGGAGCUGGGAGUGCGCGGGGGCGGCGCGGGCGGAGGGGGGAGCCACGCCUCGGGCGGCGGGCCGUCGGGGGAGGCGGUGCGACGGCCGCGCGUCCAGUGCGACAGCGGCGACGUGGCCAGAUGGCUGGCGAGACACGCGGCCGCCGCGAGGCAGUUGUAUCACGACCGCAAGCAUACACUUUUGCCGCACACUGACUUGUAGGACUCGUUAUGUCGAAGCUAUAUAACGAUAUGCCUUUGUUAAAAAGCGUAAGGAUAAUUUGUUGCGACGACCCGACGGUGCCUACUUUACAACGAGCCGGCAGUAUGUGUGGAUGCGCCUCUAAAGUUAUAGCUAAUUUGAUCUUAUUAGGAUGCAAUUAAUGUUAGCGAUCUUGUGGAUGACAUAAUAGUCUGAUCGGUGAAAGUAAUAGAUUAUAAAAGAUUGUAAUACAUACAUAUCCGUAAAGUAUAUGUGCGACAAGCUUUCUUGCAAUGUUCUGUCUUAUCCCGAAAUAUCACAUAGUCACUGAGACCUGGUUUUCCGUCAGUAUUUUACUAUAUUUAGAGGAAAAAUAUCUUAGCGUAAACCAUUCCUGCCAAAAUUUGGUUUGUCCAUUAUAUUUUGUAAGAAAACAACGAUGUAUACGUAAGAGUUCAAAGACAAAGAGUAUUAGUUAAAUGACUUUUGUAACAGUUAGCAGCUCAAAAGUUUUCAUGUUCAGAUAAAUAUAAUAUUACAUUCUAUCACAGGAGUCUCCAAUAAUGCCACACAACUUUUAUCCACAAAUACGCACAAAUAUUUCGAUGUGUUUAUAUAGUGAAAUAUAAAUAUGUAAACUACGUUCGAAAAAUUAUGAAAUAAUGCUUUUUAUGAGUGUAAAUUGAUCGCAUUAGAUAUUGUUUCUUGGAAAUCCUGUUGACUGAAUAAUUUACGUUUUAUAAUUAUUAUGAAAAGGGCGAAUAAUGCUGUAUGUAUGAAAACGAUGUUUAAGUAUGUGGAUAUCGAGGUUAAAAAAAUCCUAUGUAAUAUUUUGUAAUCAUCAAGGUUAAGAGAUAAUCUCAUAGAGGAGGUAGCCUAGUUAUAGAUAACACUGUUUCUCCUUUUGCGUAAUUUCAAUAAAAUAUAUGCCAAUCCAUUCUUUAAUUAGAACGUAUAUAAACUUUUUCUGAAGAAGCGGACUACCUAGUGUGUUGAUAUAUGAUAAGGGAUAAUACUUCUUUUGUAAUAUGCUGUACCAAACAAUUAUAUUUAUUGCCUUGAUUACUAUCAAAAGUUGACCUAAUUUGUUUGAUUUGUUGAGUGAAAAGGCAGAUGCAUCGUAAUCAUAUCGAGCAUUUACCGUCGUAUUAGCGUAACCGACCAAUAAAAUAUAUUCCAAAAGAAACCUUAUUGAAAAAAUAUACAAAUAAACCUCCGAUUCUAACACUUUUUAUUUGACGGAUACGCUAUUUCGACUGUAAAGGCUCGAAAUAUUGUGUUUUGUGCAGAUAUUAUAUAUUAUAUGGUGUGGAGUGCGUUGUAUUUUAGAUGUAGUGAAAUGCAUAAGGCUGUGCUAUCGCGUAGUGUGCAGUCAGAAUAAAAGUCUAAUUAGAUCUGCCCUAAUGUUGCUUAUGCAUCUACCUAUCCUAGCACGAUAUAUUAUGCGCGCGGUGAAAACAUAUCCAGAUACUGGCGACUUGGAUGUUGGCCUAGCUGUAAGAUUUCACGCUAAGUAUCCUGAAAUUCGUCAUAAAAACCAUCUCUUAAUUCAAACACUUUGCUUUAAAUGACUUUUUUACUGACAGUACUAAACGCAGGUAUUGUUAUAUUUGUAAGAGAUAAAUUACUAUGAUAUAUGUAUAUAUAAUUAAAACUUUGAAUGCCUUUACAGCUGCAAUAACUGAGACCUCUUAAAAAAAUACCAAAGUACACAGAACAACCUCUACAUAUUUCUUUGAGUUACUUAAAAGUGUUGCACUGUAAAGGUCAGCUCAGACCGAGCGAUAAACUGCAUGGACAUGGUCUAGAACUGUCCAACGCAUAAUUGAGUACCUAUGAUUUGUAUCCAAUUUAAAUAGUUAUUUUGAUAUACAAUUGAUUGUUAAUUGAAGGUUAAUAAGUUUUCCUUUUGCGACAGUGCGUCAUAUACAACUGUCAUAUUAUAUGACGGUAGUUAACCUUAUAAAUACAUCUGAUAAGUAUCUUUAUUAAUUAUAUCUUUGGGAAGCGCCGGAAAUUUUUCACUUUUAGGUCAGGGCUUGCACUACUAAUUUAUUCAACUAUAGUUGAUCAUUUUGAUCAGUUUUUCAAAAGUCAAAAAAAUAGUUGUAUGCGUUCCUUUCAGUCUGCAAGGAAAUCUGCAGUUUUAAAUAUUCUUAGUUGGAAAGGAUCACAAUUACAUUAUAUUAUUGUUUCAUUAUUAUUUUAGUUAGAUAAGCUGGGACCUGUUCAUAUAACUUAAGUACUUAUUUGUUUUAAAAAUAACUUAGUACUUAUUUAUUUAUCUUAAAAAGUUAGUAGGCAGUAAGACUGAAAGACUGAUAUAACUUGUUGCAAACGGAACCGGCUAUCAGGUAACGAUAUAUCUACAAGUCAUUCAUUAUAUUAUAUUAUGGCUUAUGAUAUCUUAAACAUUGCAAAUCUUUUAUAAAAAUUAAGAAGCAUAUAAAAAUACCGUCAUUGAUUGUUUUUUUUAAUUAUGGUACAAUAUCUUACUGCAAAUUUUACUGUAUAAAUUUUUCCUGACUUCAUUUGAAUAUGAUAUAAAGUGCUGGAGCCUCACUGAUUCUUUUACAUUCUAGUCGUACGACAUUUGUGAGGUAAAAAUUGACCGCUCCUGUGUAAAGAGGUAUUAAAUGGUAUUAACGUUAAAAUGCAUUUCGAGCCCAGUUAAGAUUUCCAAACAAUAGAACAUUGGGGUGGGGCGGGGUAUAAUAUUUCAAAACUUCGCCGAUAUUUUAUGAAAACCUCUGUAAUAAAUAUCUAAGCAUUAACUUUCUUAUUUAAUUAUUAGCAUUGUGAUAAGUAGAUAGCCUAAUUUAAUGACCCAAAGCAAUUGUCAAUAAUUAAUAUAAAAAUAAGUUAUAACUGUAAAUUGACUAAUUCAAUAAACUGUUAACACCAAGUGAACGUACCUAAGUUUCCCCCUAAUAAAUUUAUAUGAGAAUUA